AUGGCGAAGCGACUAUCAUCCUUAUUUACCCUCUCGCGCGAGUCCGCCGACAAGAUAAACAGCGAUUCACCUCCCGCGAUGGAAACUGCGACAGCGUCUUCUCCUCGUAUUCUACCUCAAUCUGCCGGCCACACCAAAUCCCACAAACUACACAAACAUCGCAUAACGUCCUCCUCCGAGAUCGAUCUCAAUGAUGGCUUGCCUCCUCUUGCUCCCCCUCCUCUCCUAUCCGACUCUGGAGCAGUGCGGCCCCCCAGCAGUCAUCAAAGCGCACCCGACAGCGCAUCUGGGAGCAGGAAUAGCAGUCCCCAUAGUCUGGUACGGAGCAGGGAAGCAAGCAGGAGUCGGCCUCAGACACCCAGUUUGUUAAUACCACCCGGUACGACCGGCUCCCCGGGUCACGCUGCAACGCCUCCGUCGGCAAAGGUUGCGAAGAAAAAGAGUUGGCUUCAUGGAAAAUCAGACAAACAUAAAUUUGAUGACGGCCAAGGGGCACCCAGGGCGUGGAUCGCCGGAUUGCGGGAGCAUGUGGCCUACGACUUAACACCGCUGUUGAAGGGCGAGAGAGUCCCCGAUCUCUGGAGUGAUUAUGGUGAUACAGUCAUUUAUCUUUAUCCCCCAUCCUCUGGGAAAGGCCCUUGUUUUCGUAUCGACUCCGCUCUGUUGGUCGACUCAAGGUCCCUCGUCAACCUUCGCAUGCAGUCUCCGACCUCACCAGUCGACCGGAAUAGCGACAUUCCCCAAAUGCAGGCCGCCUUCUCAGAAAUGUCAAUGAGCCCAAGACAGGAACGUCCGCCGUCUCAGGAGAGUUCGAUUUACCGCCCCACAAACUUCUCGGUGCCCCAUGUGACUUCAAUCAGCCAGGAGAAGCAUGUCUAUCUGCCCCUAGGUUUCGAAGGGGACGUAUCUCAGCCCGGGUCAGAGUUGCACGGAGAUGAUCUCGAACUUGUAGUCCUGUACCGCAAUUUCUUUGCCUUCCUCGCUGGCGGGGCGUUGAUCGCAACGCCUAGACAGACGACUUUGUUCUCAAUUUUCAUGGGAGUAAGCAGCAUACUCAAGAGAUUUUCCUUUUCUAAUGCAGACGGAUCCACAUGGGGCGAUGUGCCCUACAACAGUUUUUCGCGAUACUGCGACGAGCUCCGACUGGCUGAUGUGAGGUCUAGUCGUGAAAAGACCAUCGAGGCCAUCGUUCUCGGGGAACAUCUCAAAUCAUGGCCAUUGUACAAUGAAGGAUUCUGCCACGCCGUUGGGCGUCUCGCCGAUAUCAAGUCCAUCAAAAGUCCCAAGUACGAGAAGAUGUCACCCAUUACGAUCAACCGCCUAGAGCGAGCCCAGAUUGACAUGGAGCAAAGGCUGCUGACGGUCAAGGGCAAGCUCGAAGACUUCGAUUUCCCCUCCAUGUUUGCCGGAAUUGCCAACUCGCAGACAUCGACCGAAGCGAAGCUUAUUCGGUUCAAGGAAUGGAAAGCCGCUUUCCUGGACUUCAGACGGUUCAUUAUAGCUUAUCUGCGUCGGCGAUAUGGUGCUUGGCCUCCCAAGGCAUCUUCCAAAAAGAACAACUUCGAAGAAAGUGGAUUAAAUAGGAUAUUGCUGCAGGAGCUGUACAAGGACUUGACAGAUCUAUACGAUAUCCUGGUGGAUCGUUCGGCGAUCACGACACGAACUGUCGACAUGGCACCAAUGGCCGAUGAUGCCGAGACCGAUGACCAGAACGAAACAAUACAACACGCGAUUCGAAGGGUUGAGAGUGAAUACGACCGAGCGACACCUCCAGUCAUUCCUCCCAUACCGUUCGAUACGCCGUUAAUUCCACAAUUUUCGAACAGCUUCAACCGUCGCCAUGUGGUCAUAUCCGACAAAUCGGCAGCGCAAAGUAAGAAGCUCAAAGAGAAUGAGAUCAACGAAGUGCUGCUGGGAGCUUAUAAUCGCGAGUCAAUCGUCGCGAGCACCUUUAUUCAAGACUUCUUCAAUUACGAACGCCAACUUGGUCGAGGGAAAACCCUUGAUCAGGUCGUAGAUGCUCGAUGUGGGCAAUGGCUCUUCAUGUACGCCGUCCUUCAGGCUCUCCCGAUGACCGUGGUGGACGCCAGAGACCUCAAGCAUACAGAAGGCGUCGAGUAUUUUCUGUGCGUUGCGCCACGGGGAGGACGACCCUGGAUGAAAGAAGACCAGUCUACGUCUCGAGCAUGGUACAACGUAGCCAGUGGCGGUGGCUACGUGAGUCUUCCAGCAGACCUGAUCGAUCACAGCGUGGAAGGAAUUUAUCGACGGAGUCACUGCUGGACAGCUGCUACAAGAUGGCUGGAAGAAUCACCCCCGGAAGGGACGAAUGGAACAUCUCAGCAUGUGGAUGACCAUGGACUCCAACCGCGGCGGGCCAGUGCAUAUUCACCGUAUGCGAGUCCAGCUCAAUCACCUUAUGUCAGUCCAAUACACUCACCACUCCUGCGGCCGACAUCUCCUUCUGGGUCCGGCCAAUUUCGCAACGUCAGUCGAGAUCGAAGUUCUGUCAAUUUGGGCUUGGAGGCCAUGGAUGCGCCACCUUCAUAUCGCGGCAGCUCUCGACCUCCUUCGACACUUAAUCCGAAUAUCACCUUUGACGCGAUUUUAGCGACUACGGACGAGCCGGAAAAAGGAAAGGGAAAGGGGAAGAAGUCAAAGAAGUGA